GGCACUAAUAUUCCAAUGUUUGUAUAUGAAUUUUUGUAUGUUAUUGCUUCCCUGUAUGAUACAAUAUCAUCUCUCUAUCUCCGUUUUUUUUCUUGCAGUGAUCGGUACACACGAUACUUACAAUGGAAAAACCUAGAGUUAAAUAUUAAUUUAACCAUGAAUGAUUUCAGUGUACAUAGGAUUAUUGGCCGGGGUGGAUUCGGAGAAGUAUAUGGGUGCAGGAAAGCAGAUACUGGUAAAAUGUACGCUAUGAAAUGCUUGGACAAGAAACGGAUUAAAUUGAAAACUGGAGAAACUUUAGCAUUGAAUGAAAGAAUUAUGCUUUCUCUCGUCAGUACAGGGGAGUGCCCCUUCAUCGUCUGCAUGACAUAUGCAUUUCAAACUCCAGAAAAACUAUGCUUCAUCCUCGACCUAAUGAACGGCGGAGAUCUGCACUAUCAUUUGUCCCAACACGGUGUGUUCUCAGAGCAAGAAGUAAGAUUCUAUGCUGCAGAAGUGAUCUUAGGUUUGGAACAUAUGCACGUACGAGGCGUCGUCUACAGAGAUCUUAAGCCUGCAAAUAUCCUGUUGGAUGAAUCAGGACAUGUGAGAAUAUCAGAUUUAGGGCUUGCCUGUGAUUUUUCAAAGAAGAAACCUCAUGCUAGUGUAGGAACCCAUGGUUACAUGGCUCCUGAAGUCUUAGCUAAAGGCGUUGCAUACGAUUCCAGUGCUGACUGGUUUUCCUUCGGAUGCAUGCUGUACAAACUACUAAAAGGCCACAGUCCAUUUAGGCAGCACAAGACCAAAGAUAAACAUGAAAUUGACCGAAUGACUAUGACAAUGAAUGUUGAACUGCCAGAUUCCAUGUCAUCAGAGAUGAAAUCCUUACUUGAAGGUCUUCUUAAGCGAGAUGUUGAAGAGAGAUUAGGAUGCACUGGGAAAGGUGCUGAAGAAUUGAAAGAAAACGCUUUCUUCAAAGACUUGGACUGGAACAAAGUGUACCAACUUCAUUACACACCGCCUCUCAUUCCUCCAAGAGGUGAAGUGAAUGCAGCAGAUGCUUUUGAUAUUGGCUCAUUUGAUGAAGAUGAUACAAAAGGAAUCAGGUUGUCAGAAUCUGACCAACAGCUGUAUGAGAACUUUACACUCACCGUGUCUGACCGAUGGCAACAAGAAAUUACAGAGACUGUCUUCGACACUGUCAAUGCCGAGACUGACAAGUUGGAAAUGAAGAAAAAACCAAAGAGAGAAGACCAAAUAGAAAAAGGUACAGAUGUGAUUGUGGAAGGAGAGAUCUUAAAGCUUGGUGGUCCGUUCUUAAAUUCGUGGCAAAAGAGGCACUUACGGCUCUACCCCAACCGUUUAGAAUUUUACCAGAAGAACCGAGAUGGCGGUAUACAGAAAAAUAAAGUAGAGCUUAUAACUAUGUACGACAUAAAAGAAGUCUGCCACGAAUUCCAGAAACUGAACAAAACAGACAACUGCAUUGUGAUGGUAUUAAAGAAUGAAACCAAGUUGGUAAUAACCUCCCCGGAUAAAGUGAUAAUACACCAGUGGAAGGAAGAGAUAUUAGGAGGGUUCCGGGCCUCCACGAAAAUGCAGUCGAAAAUGAACAAGAAGGCCAGUAAGCUUUACGGAGCUGACAUCCCAAUUGAACACAGGAAUAGCAAUGGCAGUUAGAAGCACUGUUCUCCUUAGCAAAAACGGCGGCGCUAGAGACUUCUAGAUUGGAAAUAAUGUUGCCAACCAUUUUUAAACCCAGUGCAAGGGGGGAGGGGAAGAGGGGGAUGUUGGUGUUAAUUCAUUUUUGACCUCCACCCCACCCCCCUUGUCUUUCCACAUCUCUUUCUUUCUCUUGCUCUCCCAUCACACCAAAGCAGCAAAAA